AAGAAAAGGUGGGGCUGCCCCUUCAUUGUAAUGUUCAUACAGAAAAUAAACUCAGCAAAAAUAGCUUCUGUGUCCUUGAAACUAUCAAAACCUUCAUAAUAGUUUCAGUCUCACAGUAAAGGAGAGAUUUUUUUGCAGCCUUCAUUCACUCAUCACGCCACCAUCACUGCUCUUUUCUCCUCAACAAUAAGCCUUUACGUGAGAGACAUCAGUAGAUAUCAAUCUUUUCUCCUCUCUUUUCUUGCUUCUCUAUUCUGCAUUUUCUUUCACUUGCAUAACCCUCUCGAGUGUUUUUCUUCUUGUUUUCUUCUGGGUCUUUGUGGUUUAUUUGAAUGGAUGCAUUUACAGCCCAUGUUCUAUAAUGCAGGCCUAUUGUUAUGCUUCUUUUUGUUUUCUUGUUCUUGUUUUAGCUCUCUUGUCUUCCUUCGACUUGGGUCUUUGGUUUUUCAUUACAUUUCUUUGAUUCAAGCAUUUCCCUCUGCUCCUAAAUCAGAGGGAUUUGUCCAUUUUGCAUUUCUUUCGAUUCUGUUAAAUGGGUUUUCUUUGAAAUGUUGGACGGUGAAUUGGGGUUUGCAUUUCUGGGUUUUUCUUCUUUUUUUUUUUUUUGGUGAAACUGAAACAUUGUCAGUUGCUUUUGGCUCUAAGUUCUGAUUCUUCACUGAAGUGGGUUUAUUUUAAAUUCUGAUUCUUUGAUCCAAAGAGAAAUUUUAUCAUUGUGGGGAAGUUUGAUUUUUGUACAUAGUAAUGUUCCUCAGCUGGUGUGUGAAGAAAAUUUGAGUUCUUGCAUUGAAGCACGCUUAAUCCAGAAAGAAAUAGGACUCAAUAAUGGCAAUUUUGUGCUUGUCUUAUCUUUUGCUGGUUGGGUUUCUAUCGAAGUCCCAGCUAGUGACUGCUCAGUUCAAUGAUCAAGCUACACUGUUACUCAUUAAUAAAGAGAUUAAAGUUCCUGGGUGGGGUGACAACGGCACAAAUUUCUGCAACUGGCGUGGCAUUGGAUGCAACUUGAAUCAAUCAUUGGUUGAAAGGCUUGCUCUUCCUAGGCUAGACCUUCAAGGUAAUGUGACCAUGAUCUCUGAGCUCAAAGCUUUGACGUGGCUUGAUCUUUCUGGCAAUAACUUUCAUGGUCUAAUUCCUUCAGCCUUUGGCAAAUUGUCACAGCUUGAGUUCCUUGAUUUGUCUUUAAAUAAGUUUGAAGGUUUGAUUCCCUUGGAGUUGGGUAGUCUUAGAAGCCUUAAAUCACUGAACCUUUCCAAUAACUUGCUAGUAGGAGAGAUACCUGAUGAGCUUGAGGGUCUAGAAAGCUUAGAGGAAUUUCAAAUUUCUAGUAAUAACAUCAAUGGCUCUAUUCCAUCUUGGGUGGGUAAUUUGACAAGCCUGAGAGUUUUCACAGCCUAUGAGAAUGAAUUGGGUGGUGAAAUUCCUGAUAAUCUCGGUUCGGUUUCUGAGUUGAAGUUGUUGAACCUUCACUCAAACCAGCUUAGAGGGCCUAUACCUAGUAGCAUUUUUGUGAUGGGAAAGUUGGAAGUUUUAGUUCUUACCCAGAAUGGAUUUAGUGGAGGACUUCCUGAAUUAGUUGGAAACUGCAGGGGCCUUUCUAGCAUCCGAAUCGGCAACAAUGUUCUUGAAGGAGUUCUUCCUAAGACAAUUGGGAAUGUUAGUGGCCUCACAUAUUUUGAAGCAGAUGAUAAUCAUUUAUCUGGUGAUAUUAUCUCAGAGUUUUCUCAAUGCUCUAAUCUCACUCUUCUAAAUCUGGCCUCAAAUGGAUUUAGUGGAGUCAUUCCUUCUGAGCUUGGACAGCUUGCAAAUUUGCAGGAAUUGAUCCUUUCAGGUAACAAUUUGUUUGGAGAUAUUCCAAAACCAAUUCUUGGGAGCAAGAGUCUUAACAAGCUGGAUGUUAGCAAUAAUAAAUUAAAUGGCUCUAUACCGAACGAAAUCUGUGACAUGUCAAGAUUGCAAUACUUGCUUUUGGGUCAGAAUUCAAUAAAAGGUGAGAUACCUCAUGAGAUUGGGAACUGCAUGAAACUUCUGGAAUUGCAAAUGGGCAGCAACUAUUUGACUGGACAUAUCCCUCCAGAGAUUGGUCGCAUUCGGAACUUACAAAUAGCCUUAAAUUUGAGCUACAAUCAUCUCCAAGGACCACUGCCCCCUGAAUUGGGGAAACUUGACAAAUUGGUUUCUUUGGAUGUCUCCAAUAAUCAACUUUCUGGUACUAUUCCUCAAUCAUUCAAAGGCAUGUUGAGCUUGAUAGAGGUUAAUUUCUCAAAUAAUCUGCUCAGUGGCCCAAUACCCACUUUUGCACCUUUCCAAAAGAGUCCAAAUUCAAGUUUUUUGGGUAACAAAGGGCUCUGUGGAGAUCCAUUGAGCAUCUUAUGUGGAAAUUCUUAUGCUUCUGGUCAUGUGAAUUACCAUCACAAGGUUUCUUACAGAAUUAUACUAGCUGUUAUUGGUUCUGGUUUAGCAGUAUUUGUCUCGGUAACUGUAGUUGUCCUGCUGUUUAUGAUGAGGGAAAGACAAGAAAAAGAUGCCAAAACUGCAGGGGUUGCUGAUGAUGUAGCCAACGACCGGCCAACGAUAUUAGCAGGCCAUGUCUUUGUUGAAAAUCUCAGACAAGCAAUAGAUUUUGAUGCUGUUGUUAAAGCAACUCUCAAGGAUUCAAAUAAGCUCACAAAUGGAACAUUCAGCAUCGUUUACAAAGCAGUCAUGCCUUCUGGGAUGAUAUUAGCUGUGAGGAGACUUAAAUCAAUGGACAGGACUAUAAUUCAUCAUCAGAAUAAGAUGAUUAGAGAGCUUGAAAGGCUGAGUAAGCUCUGUCAUGAUAAUUUGGUGAGACCUAUUGGAUAUGUAAUUUAUGAAGAUGUUGCUCUUUUGCUGCAUCAUUAUUUACCCAAUGGGACAUUAGCUCAGCUUGUUCACGAGAGUAGCAAGCAACCCGAGUAUGAACCUGACUGGCCUACUAGGCUAUCCAUUGCCAUAGGAGUAGCAGAAGGAUUGGCUUUCCUUCAUCAUGUGGCAGUAAUCCACCUUGACAUUUCUUCAGGGAAUGUUCUUUUAGAUGCUGACUUCAGGCCCUUGGUUGGGGAGAUUGAGAUAUCAAAGCUCCUAGAUCCAUCCAAAGGCACUGCAAGUAUAAGUGCAGUUGCAGGCUCCUUCGGUUAUAUUCCACCAGAAUAUGCAUAUACAAUGCAAGUUACAGCACCAGGAAAUGUCUAUAGCUAUGGGGUAGUAUUGCUUGAGAUCUUAACAACUCGACUGCCGGUUGAUGAGGACUUUGGUGAAGGGGUAGAUUUGGUGAAAUGGGUUCAUGGAGCUCCAGCAAGAGGAGAGACUCCAGAGCAGAUACUUGAUGCAAAACUCAGCACUGUUUCCUUUGGUUGGAGGAGAGAAAUGCUGGCAGCUCUUAAGGUGGCAUUACUCUGCACGGACAGCACUCCGGCAAAGCGACCAAAAAUGAAGAAGGUAGUUGAAAUGCUUCAAGAAAUAAAGCAAAGUUGAUGGAUGUUUCUCAUGAGUUAUCUGCAUACUGAACCUGUUGAUCAUGAUUCUGGUAAAAUGCUCAUCUUAUGGAAACUUUUCCUAAAUAUUCAUUUCAUUUUGGAAGUUGUCGCCUAGAGGCUAAAGGAGGAGUCUGUAAAUGUUGGUUCUAAAAUGUUAAUGAGCAAAGGAAGAUUAUGAAGUUCUCAUGUUGGAGAGAGAAAAGGUGGUGGGUUAAUGCAAGAGGCUGCUCAAUUUGAAAGAUCUCUCCAUGAGUUUCUGUUGCAUAUUAGGUCUGCAAUUGUAAUGGCUUAGCUUCUGAUUUUGAAAUUUCUUGUUGGAAAUAUAUGUGAACAAUGAAUUAUAGCUUCUUUUUGAAUGAAGUUCCAUCAUACUUUUCUUCAAA